AUGAUAAACAAAUUACGAUCAAGCAUAAAUGAUGUUGGUGCUUAUGCUGCAUUGGUGGAUGAAACAAAAGAUGCAAGUAAAAAAGAACAGUUAAGUUUUUUAAUACGAUUUGUUGAUAAAAACUUAGAUAUUCAAGAAAAAACUUUAGGAUGUUACCACAUGAAAAUAUGUGAUGCCCAGUCAUUAAGUGAUGCCAUCUUAAAGAUUAUUGAUGAAAAUAAAUUAGAUCGGAACCGCUGUAUAGCUCAAUGUUAUGAUGGAGCAUCAGUGAUGAGCGGUGCCUUUUCUGGUGUCCAAACCAGAAUAGCCAAUGUCAUUCCACAGGCCAUAUAUGUUCACUGUCAUGCUCACCGUCUUAACCUCUGUUUAGUAAAUUCAAUUCAAGGUGUUAAAGCUGUAGUAGAUUUUUUUGAUACAGUUCAGGGCUUAUAUACAUUUUUGAUGAAUGGACAUACAAGGUAUGAAAAAUUUAUUCAAAUUCAAAAAGACAAAAAAAUUCAUGUAAUGCAUUUAGAAAGAUGA